AUAAACUUUGAUGCCUAUGAGGACAUACCAGUGAAUAUAAUUGGCUUGGAUGUGCCCAACCCAAUAAAUAUGUUCAUUGAUGUGGAUUUUGGUGGUGUUGUCAACGAGACUAUAAGACAUAUAUGUAAGUAUUCGCAACCAACACCUAUUCAAAGGCAUGCAAUUCCUGUUUUAAUGGGGGGGCGCGACUUAAUGGCUUGUGCUCAGACUGGAAGUGGUAAAACAGCAGCGUUCUGUUUACCCAUAAUAUCUGGGAUGUUGAAAGACGUCUCGAAAAGAUCUCCAGAAGAGGUCAUGUAUCCUCUUGCUCUUAUUUUGUCUCCCACGCGAGAACUUUGCUUUCAGAUAUAUGAAGAAGCUAAAAAGUUCUCUUACCAAACUAGCUUAAAAGUUUGCAUUGCUUGCGGAGGUGAACCAAAAUCCCUUCAGCUUAAAAGCUUUGAGAGCGGUUUGGAUAUACUAGUUGCCACUCCAGGAAGACUGAUUGACUUUUGUGAAGCAUCAAAAGUUUCACUGAAAAUGAUAAAAUACAUGGUCAUAGAUGAAGCUGAUCGUAUGUUAGAUAUGGGAUUUGAACCUCAAAUCAGAAAGAUUGUGGAGCACACUGAAAAUCCUAGAGUCGGUCGAAGACAAACAAUGUUGUUCAGUGCAACAUUGCCUAAAAAAGUUCAGACACUUGCUUUGGCUUUUCUUUCAGACCAUGUUUUCAUUUCUGUUGGAAGAGCCGGUUCAAGUACACAUCUGAUUAUACAAGAACUAAUGCUCGUUGAGGAUAAUGAGAAACCACAGCGCUUAAAAGAGCUUCUUGAUUAUCAGAUUGCUAAUGGAAAUUUAGGAAAGACUGCACUGGUUUUGAUCUUUGUGGCGACAAAGAGAGGUGCAAAUGCACUCGAAUGUUGGCUUAACAGCAACGGGUUUUCUGCUGUGUCUUUACAUGGGGACAAAUGUCAAAGGGAAAGAGAAAGGGCGCUAGCAUCUUUUAAAAUGGGUUUGACGCCGAUUCUGGUGGCUACUGACCUGGCAUCAAGAGGUCUUGAUGUUGCUGGUAUUGCACAGGUUGUGAACUACGACCUGCCGCGGGAUAUUGAUACUUAUGUCCAAAGAAUCGGCAGGACUGGGCGUGCUGGAAAAAGAGGACUGGCAACGUCUUUUUUCACAUCGAAGAACUCGUGCAUUGCUAAAGCACUGUCUGAGCUUUUAAAGGAAUGUCAUCAAGAUGCACCAAAUUGGCUUUAUCAGUAUGCUAAGAGGUACAUGUCUUUUAGGACUGCUGAUUAUCUUCGCAUUUCGCGUGGCUAUGAGUACUCUGUCUCUACAUGA